AAACUAUCACAAAUUUCCGAAAAAUGAUUUAUUUUCGGCAACUUUAAGCAAAAAUGAUCUGUUGGACUAUUGAAACUAAAGCUUCUUCCCUCCCUGCCAUGGCGACGGCGCUGGUUCAAAAACCCUCAAUCGACAAGCUUUGAGUCUUUGAUUUUGCAGGCAAGUCCCUUUCAUUUCCGAACACACAUUCUAUUUAUAUCAAUCAACAUGAUUGCAAUUGCACGCAAGAACCUCUCCUGUUUACGUUUGAACCCUAAUUCAUUUCUCAGCAACUCAAAUCUUCAUUUCUUUCCCGCAUUCCAAUUCUUCUCCACUUCGAAAGUGGAAAGACAGAUCCCUAACCUUAAAAUCUACGAUGUAUUGGUCAACAAACACCACUUCUCUCCCGAAUCGGCUUCACUAGCUGCAUCACGUUCCCCCAAAUCUAGAUGCCCUAAAAGAGCCGAUUCAGUACUAUCCUUCUUCAAAGAGAAUAGCUUUACGACUACUCAGCUCGAGAAAAUCGUCAUCUAUUAUCCUCCGAUUCUAGGGUUUAGAAUUGAGCGCAUCAGAUUCAAAUUCAACGUAUUCCAAGACUUGGGCCUUUCUCCCGAGGAGAUUGCCCGAAUAAUUUUCAGUCAUAUUUCGAUGUUACGUUCAAGCACGAAGAAUAGGAUCAUUCCUUCAUUAUCCAAGCUCAAAGAUUUCCUCGAAUCUGGUCAUGAAGUGGCCAGACUUUUGAAAAGAUCUGCCUGGUUUUUGACAACAGAUUUGGAUGAAUCCUUAAUGCCGAAUGUGGAAAUCCUCAAGAGCUGCGGUAUACCUAUGGAGCGUAUCCAACACUUCCUCUAUAUUCGGCCGAGAUGCUUCUUGGUGAAGCCUCAUAUUAUGAGGAAAUCUGUAGACAAGGCCAUAGAAAUUGGGGCAUCUAAGGCUUCUGUCAAUUUCAUUUUUCUUGUUGGUUUAUUUGCCCUUAAGAGUAAGAGGAUGUGGGAAGUGAAGUGGCAAAGUCUCCGCAAUUUGGGAUUUUCUGAUAAUGACUUGUUCGUGAUUCUUAGGAAGCAACCAACAGUUUUUGGGGUUUCUGGAAAUAAAAUUAAGAAUGUGAUAGAUCUUCUGGUUGCUACCAGCAAGUACAAUAUGUCCAGCAUUGUCACUUGCCCGUCAGUGCUCGGGUGCAGCAUCGAAAAGAGGCUUGAGCCGCGGCUGCAAAUUCUGAGGCUUCUGGAAAUUAGGAAUCUGAUUGCAAAGUGGCCGAGUCUUUCUGCUGUUACUUCUUUUACAGAUGAUAAAUUUUUUGACAAAUUUAUUAGGCCUUAUUAUGAUGAGAUUGGCGAAGAACACAUCACUCGGAGAUACAUGUCGAGGGCGAAAGGCAUUGAAGCUUUAAGCUGAUGCUUGAGGAACUGGUAUGUUCAAUAUAUAUGGAUAUCCAGCUUAUUAAUUACUCUUGUAGAUUUUAGCCUUGUAUUGCUUUUCUGCUGAGAAUUGUGACAUUUGGAAGCAUGUUCGUGUUCGUAUUAUUUUUGUGACUGCUUGUCGUGAGAUUACAAAAAAUCGGUGUUGCUUGUUUAAUGGUCCACCGAUGAGGUCUUGUCCGAGUGGCAAAGCUGAGGCAUCAGAGCAAGUCUCACCUAAGCGUGGGCUAUAAUUCCAAUUUAUCUGGAUUUCGUUCAAUUUGUAUUAGUUUCGUUAUUGCCAGAAUUAUUGAGAACAUGUGCAAGUGCAAGUUAUUGAGAAAUCUUAUUAAUAUAUUCGAUUCAAGAUAUGAUAUGUAUCUUGAAUUAGUAAGAAGUCUUUAUAAUUUAUACCAUGUUUUAAGAUUAGGUGGUAUUUUUUACUUUUUCACCAUGCAUGAUUCUUAUAUUUCCUAAUGUUUAGAACCAUAAUUGGAGUUAUUCAAUAAUAAAAAGUAAUCAAGCUCGAGCUUGAGUUCUUAAAAAUUACAGCUUGAACUUUUGAUAUUAGACUCGACUUGGCUCUAGCUAUAGAUAAAAACAAAACUUGAAAGCAGACAACACGUACCCAAAUGGAUUCCUCCACCAAGGCUUGAUAUGUAUUGGCUGUGCAGUCAAAAUCAUACAUUAAUCAAAGAGACAGCUUUAAGUCUAUAACUAACAUUGUGCAAAUUUAGGCAGCUGGCCCCAAUUUUCAUGUGUUUUCCAUAAGAAAAACUUUCACUUGAAAGCAGAUAACACAUUCAUCUCAAUCCUACACUACAAUGAGACAAAUGGAGCCUGCAAUGUACGAAGAUAUUUUGGUAGUUGGAGGCUGCGUAGCUGGCCUUACUACAGCUCUGGGACUCCACAGGUUGGGCAUUCGGAGUCUGGUUUUGGAACACGGGCUUUGCCCUAACCAUGUUGGGUAAUGCAUGGAUAGCUCUAGAUGCAGUAGGGAUUGGAGAUGCUGUGAGGGCCAAGUCUAUUCCGAUUUAAGGGUAGGCGUGGCUCUUGCAUAUUCACAGCUCAAAAUCGCCUUAUAUUAUGUCGUUUUGUUGGCUUAUUUGCUGGUUCUUCGCGUUAGUUUUGAAGCCAGUUGCUUAUAUUCCAGCCAUGAGGCAGAUUUCAAGCUUGACAAGUCGGAAAGCAGAUUUGUUAAAAAAGCAGACUUGUAAGGAAUUCUAGAGAGAGAAUUGCUACAAGGGAGUGUGAGAUAUUCUUCCUAGAUUGAUUGCAUUGAGGAACCUACCAACUUCAAAUUAGUACACCUCGCAGAUGGCCCUAUUUUCAGAACUAAGGGAGGUAAGUAAAAAAAAAAUUGAGUUUGCCUACAAACCAACAAAACCUGAAACAACAAAUUUUAUGUUGUCUUAACAUUAAAAAAAAAAAAAUUGAAAGGCAUUGAUCGGAUGCAAAGGAGUGAAUUCAUGGUUGGGGCUCCGGGAGUCCAGUUAGUGAUGCGCGAUCAGUCAUCAGAGGCUUCGUCGCGUAUCAUGAUGGCCAUGUUUUCGAGCCCAAGAUCUAUGCCUACGCGUUUGUGCCUUGUGAUGACAAGGUUGUGUAUUGGUAUUGCAUUUUCAAUCCAUCACUAUUCAAAUGUAAGCCUACAUAUUUGGUUGUAUAUGUGAAACAAAGAGAAAUAAUUUUUUUUAUUAAAAUAUUGGAUUGGUGAAGGUCUUUAUAAGAUGUCGGUACUGGUUGGAUGCAGCAACCGGGCCCAAUGCCUUUUAUUAAAAUAUUUUUAUCAUUUAAGUUUAUUUUUUUUCGAUUUUCUCUCUUUAAAAAAAUAUAUUCUCUCUCUAAUUUAUAAGCUCAAUUAUUCAAACACUUUGACAACUUAUAAGCUCUUAAAAAUGACAUCUUAUAAAUUUUUAAAAUAUUUUAUAAACUCCAAAAACUUAUAAACUCUUUAAAAUAAGCUUAGUCAAACACCCUCAAUAAAACAUUUAUUGGGAAAGUGAACCUUUUGAUUCCCUAUAGUUGAUUCCACUUUCCAAAGUUUAGAGAGAGAAAAAAGUUGGGAAGUUCAAUAAUUUAAUGACUGUGUACAAAGCCUCGCAAUAUCUAAAAGAGUCGGUAGGUUGGAUGCAGCAACCGGGCCCAAUGCCUUUUAUUUAUUUGUAAUUUAAUUAAUCAACAAUUAAACUUUAAUCAAAUUAAAUUCUAAUUGAAACUAAUAGAUUUUUAAUUAAUAGUUAAUCAUUAGUUACUGGUGCGGAUGCAUAGUCUUUGUAUAUGAAAAUUUCAAUCCGUAGGCUCGAGAACAAAACAUAUUAGUCCUUCCAUUCACUUUAUAUAAUUUCUUCAAUCAUAAAAACAUCAUCAUAGUCUUUUUCGAUUCGUCCACUAAAAAUUUAUCACUUUCAUUUAUAAUAAUAGAUAGAGUCCAUAUAAUUUCACUUAUACUGUAAAGUAAGAUUCUUACUCCGCUAAUAUUUUAUUAAAAUUUAUAUAAUCUACAAUGUGAAUAAUUUUUUAUGGAUGGAGAGUGAUCAUUUUUGUGAUUGUAUAUAUUUAUUAGUAAAAAAAGUACUCCCUUUGUAUGCUCGUUUUCUAUUUUAAGUGAAAAAGGCAUACUUCUUUAAAAUGCUUAAUUGAUGUAAACCACACCACUCUUCACUUCAAAAAUAAAUUUUUCAAUCUCCGUGUCCAAAAGAAUUAAGAGAUAGUGAGACGGAGAGAGUAUUAUUUUAAGCUAACUUUAUUUAAAGUUUUUUCUUUUCUUUUUGACAUCCAUUUUUUUGGGUAUAAAACAAAAAUAAUGAAAAUGAAAACCGACAUUAAUGGAAGUGAAUAAGGUUACAUUUGGUAUGAAAAUUCAAAAUGUCGACAUCGCCAAACGAUAUUUAUAAUGAAUGAGGAGGAGCAGCAGAUAAAGCACUGCAAGAAGAACAAAUCACAAUACUCCCAAUCCUUUCCAACUAUAUAUUUUUAUAUAUUAAAACAUUUAUGCAACUAAAAUCCUACAUCAAUUCAAUAUAUGGAUCACUUUAUGUCUAAAACCAUGCAUCACAUAUUCAGUACGUUCCAAUUAAUAAAAUUAUUUAUCUAUAAUAUUAAUUUGAAGAAUUGUUAAUGACCCUCCUUGUAAAAAAGAAAAAGAAAAUAUCCAUAAGAUUAAAUAGAAGAUUGAUUUUAAGUUUAAAAAUAAAAAUUAUUCAUCACAUACCGCCCCAUACCGUGUUACCCAAUUCCGGUCAAUGCGAUAGCCAAUUUGCAUUCGUCUUCGAUCACGGCAUAAAUCAUCAUUCCCUAUAAAAACAGAGCGCAGAUUCAUCCAAAACUACAACUUCUCUUCUUCAUCACGCUCCGAUUCUCGGUAACGAAGACCCAAAUGGAAGCCACGAUCCACGAGCAAGAUAUUUUGAUAGUCGGAGGCGGCAUAGCUGGCCUCACCACAGCUCUCGGACUUCACAGAUUGGGGAUUCGGAGCUUGGUUUUGGAAGCGUCGGAUGGAUUGAGAACCACGGGGUUCGCCCUAACCAUGUGGACGAACGCGUGGAUAGCUCUAGAUGCAGUCGGAAUCGGCGACGCCAUGAGAGCCGAUUCUCUCCCGAUUCAAGGUUUCGAAGUCGGUAGCUUGGAUUCCACCUCUUCUAGUCCAGAGCAGGGCGUUGAGACAGAUUUCAAGCUAGGCAAGUUUGAGAGCAGAUGUGUGAGAAGGACAGACUUACUAGAGCUUCUAGAGAGAGAAUUGCCACAAGGGAGUGUGAGAUACUCUUCCAAGAUUGUUUGCAUUGAGGAAUCUGGUAACUUCAAAUUAGUGCAUCUUUCAGAUGGCUCUAUUUUCAGAACUAAGGCGUUGCUGGGAUGUGAUGGAGUGAACUCAAUGGUGGCGCAAUGGCUGGGGCUCAAGAGUCCGGUCAGCGCUGCGCGGGCAGCCAUCAGAGGCUACGUGGUGUAUCCAGACGGCCACGGCUUCGAGCCCAAGUUGUAUGCCUACUUUGGUGGAGGUGUGCGCAUCGGCUUUGUACCUUGUGAUGGCAAGGGCAUAUACUGGUUCUGCACUUUCACUCCAUCACUUUUCAAAUAUGAUGAGAGCGAGCGUGAUCCCUCAAAAAUGAAGCAGUUUGUGAUCAGCAAAAUCGGCAGUGCUCGUAAACAUGUGAUGGAUGUGGUGGAGAGGACCGAGCUAGCCAACAUCUCGUCCGCGCAUCUGAAGUUUAGGUCGCCGUGGAACAUUUUGUUCGGAGACAUUGUGAGGAACGGAGUGUGUGUGGCCGGGGACGCCCUGCAUCCGAUGACCCCGGAUCUAGGUCAAGGUGGGUGCUCAGCUAUUGAGGACGCAGUGGUUCUUGCAAGGUGCCUGGGUGGAGCUCUGUCGGAGGAGGGAGACGAGGAGGAUUGCGCGAAGAUGGCAAAGGGGUUGGAGAGGUAUGGGAAGGAGAGGAGGUGGAGAAGCUUUAGCCUUGUGAGCACAGCAUAUGUUGUUGGUAAGUUGCAAGAGAGUGAUAACAAAGUGGUGAGCUUCUUUAGGAAGAUGUUUUUGUCUAAGUUUACCGUUGAGCCCUUUGUGAGAAUGGCUGAUUUUGAUUGUGGGAAGUUGGUUGUUGCUUCUAAUUAGGUUUGGACCAUGUUGCCAACUUUUGUUUGGCAUUAUAUAUAUAAGGUUGUGUUAUAAUAAAACCUUAGCUCUUAUCUUCGUGA